CACAAAAACCCCAAAAUCAAAACUUCACCCCAAAUGUGAUAAGAAAUCUUUCUUUAAUUACUUCUUCCCUGCUGAAAAAACAACAAGAAAUCCAAGUCAUUGCCAAAUUUUGUUGUCAGCUACCAGAUAAAAAUAAGCACUAUAAUCUACUACUAGAUAGAUAUUUAUAUCCAAAAAUUGAAUCUUUAUUCCCAUUUGGCUACCUCCACCUUCCAUUUCAGCUCAAACAAUCAUCAAACUCCAUUAUCUCCUCAACCUCAAAAACAUAAGGAACUUGAGAUUCCCAGCACAAAGUUCGAUCAAAACCAUGGUCGUGUUCGACAAGACCGACGCAACCUCGUCCUCCCAAACCCUCCCACCUUUCCCGCGCGAGGACACCCCUCUUCUCGGCAAACGCCGCCACCUCUCGUCGCCGGCCAAGACCUUCGCCAACGUCUUCAUCGCCAUUGUCGGCUCCGGCGUCCUCGGCCUCCCUUACACCUUCAAGAAAACCGGAUGGGUUUUCGGCUCCGUCAUGCUCUUCUCCGUCGCCUUCCUCACCUACCACUGCAUGAUGCUUCUGGUCAAAACCCGCCGGCGACUCGAGUCCGACGUCUGCCUCUCCAAGAUCACCUCCUUCGGCGACCUCGCCUUCGCCGUCUGCGGCGGAGUUGGUCGGUUUGCGGUUGACGUCAGCAUCGUGUUGGCUCAGGCUGGAUUCUGUGUUAGCUACUUGAUUUUCAUAUCCAACAGUUUGGCAUAUGUGUUCAACUAUUCCGGGCCGGAUCGGGUUCUGGGUUUGAGUCCGAAAAGCUUGUAUCUUUGGGGGUGUUUUCCAUUUCAGUUGGGUUUGAAUUCGAUUCCCACACUGACCCAUUUGGCUCCCUUGAGUAUUUUUGCUGAUGUGGUUGAUCUUGGAGCUAUGGGAGUUGUAAUGGUUGAGGAUGUGAUGACCUUUCUUCAGAAUAGGCCAGCUUUGCAAGCAUUUGGGGGGUUUUCGGUUUUCUUCUAUGGUCUUGGCGUGGCUGUUUAUGCAUUUGAGGGGAUUGGGAUGAUAUUGCCUUUGGAAGCUGAGGCUAGAGAUAAGGAUAAGUUUGGCAGAGUGUUGGCUUUGGUUAUGGGAUUCAUUGCUUUGUUGUAUGGGAGCUUUGGGGUGCUGGGUUACUUUGCUUUUGGGGAAGAGACUAAAGACAUUAUCACUACCAACUUUGGGCAAGGCUUGGUGAGCACUCUAGUGCAGUUGGGUCUGUGCAUAAACUUGUUCUUUACUCUACCAUUGAUGAUGAACCCGGUCUAUGAGGUUGUGGAGAGGAGGUUUUGCGAUGGGAGGUACUGCCUGUGGCUGAGAUGGGUUAUGGUGUUUGGGAUCAGCUUGGUGGCUCUCACAGUGCCUAAUUUUGCAGACUUUUUGUCACUGGUGGGGAGCAGUGUGUGUGUGGCUUUAGGGUUUGUGUUUCCUGCUUUGUUCCAUUUGAUGGUGUUCAAGGAGGAGUUGGGGUGGCAUGGGAUGGUUUUGGAUGGGACUAUUGUGGUGAUGGGGGUGAUAAUUGGAGUCUCUGGAACUUGGUCUUCAGUAGCAGAGAUUCUUGCACCCAAAGUAGGAUUUUGAAGCGGCUAAUCAAUUGAAGUUUGAUUGCUGUGUCAUUGUAAUUAUCUAAAUAACAGCGUCGUAUCGGUUUUAUAAAAUAA